UGCGAGUUUCCAAACACAAACUAUUUUUAUUGUCAAAAGUGUAUUCCCUUCAUCUUCUUCCCCAGUCUCGGCGAAGCGAGAAAUCUUUAGAGAGAGAGAGAGAGAGAGAGAGGGGCAAUAAAGCGAAAAUCUGGGGAAAAAAUCGAAAGAUCCGAUUAUCCGAUUGCGGGAAAAAUGUCUCUGACAUGCGUAAAUAUGUCGGAGGAGGUGUGGUUGACUUGCCUCACUCACGCAUUAUCCACUGAGACCGAAGAGAUCAUGGGUCUCCUCCUCGGCGACAUCCAGUACUCAAAAAACGGAAGCGCCACAGCUCUGAUCUGGGGAGCAUCGCCUCAGUCACGGUCUGAUCGGCAGAAGGAUCGAGUAGAAACCAACCCUGAACAGUUGGCUGCUGCCUCUGCUCAGGCUGAUAGAAUGACCAUAUCAACUGGCAGAACAACACGAGUGAUUGGAUGGUAUCACUCCCAUCCUCAUAUCACCGUACUUCCUUCCCAUGUCGAUGUUCGGACACAGGCAAUGUAUCAGCUUUUAGAUUCUGGAUUUAUUGGCCUCAUUUUUUCUUGCUUUAGUGAAGAUUCAAACAAGGUUGGUAGAAUCCAAGUUAUCGCUUUUCAGUCCUCUGAUGGAAAGCCCAAUACUACUCCUAAAUCUAUGAGCCUGGUUCUUGCAAAUAAAGAUUCUGUCAUCGAUUUAGAUUCAUCAUUAAGUUCUUCAGACUCGAUAUACCGGACUUCCUCUUCUACUCGGGAGCAAGACACAUGUGAUACAGCUACAACUUCCGGAUCUAAGGGAGGAGGACGGGUUUCAGAUUUUGGGGCUUUCUUUGUUAACAAAGCUGAGGCCAACAGCAACGUGAGAGACGGGACAAGUGGAAACUACAGCUCAGUUAAUCUCAGCAGCUCAAUUGUGGAAAUUGAUCAUAUGGACAUGUCUGAAAGCAUGCAAGAGGCGAUGCUCCGUUCAAAUUUGGAAACGAGCGGUGUGGGGUAUGUUAGAAAAGAAGUCCCGCUUCAUGUUUUGCCCACUUUAUCCCUUCUUCAGCUCAAUUCACCUUUAGCCUCUUUUAAAGAUCUGCAACGUGUACUCUACGAGGAGGAACGAGCAGCAUACCGCCAAUCAGUCUCGCAAAGCAUCAGAAAUGGAAAAGUCCAUCCUCUUGCUUUCAUUCACAACACAUCAACAUAUCAAGCUUCCAUGUGCAAGCUGAUCGAAUACUGCUUGAGUCCCGCCAUUAACGCACUUCAAGAUAGGCUGAGGGAAAACAAGAUCCGGUUAGCAGUGCUGAUGGAUGAAGCUGAGGCUCUGGAAGCACAGAAACCGAAAGGAGCAGACACGAGCGGAGGACCAUCUCGUCUGGUUCAUGGUUCUGGAAGCCGAAGCAGAAGAGGAUCCUAGAGGUUUCCUACCAAAGGCAAUAAAUCAGAUGCCUUGCUCUUUGUGUGUUGUGCUAUUUGGACGUUUGGUUUCUUUCACUUGUAUCAUAUUCAGGCAUCUCUUGUUAGUUUAGCCAUCUGGUAUCAUCAUUGGUUUUUUCUUUUCCUGGAAGAUUAACUUUAUUCCAAGAGAUGCUGAUUAACAGAUAUUUGUAUUAGUAGUAUAUAUGAAUAUGAUGAGAUGGUGCAUAAAACGAA